AUGGACGCGCUCGUCUCGGCGGCGGUGGAGGAGGUCUGCGCCCGCCUCUCCCUGGGCCUCCCGGUGGCGGACCUCUGGGCCGCGCUCUCCGGCGCGUUCCGGGCGGCCGGCCUCCCCCCCGGCCUGCCCGUCAGGCGCGUCCUCUUCGCCCGCCUCCUCGCCCUCCCCGUCAUCAGCCUCAUGGAGGGCGAGGAGGGGGCGCUCGUCCCCUCCCCGGAGAAGGGCGACGUGGAGGCGGCCGAGCGGCGCGGCGCCCGGCUGGUCGCCAGCCCGGCCCUGGGGGACAACUUCCUGGGGAUCUACGACCACCGGUGCUCCGGCUCCAAGCUCAGCGACAACCAGAGGAAGACGCUGGAACAUGUCGCUGCAAGCAGGACUUCCGGUGUUGCGCAAAGGACUCUGUCGAAGAGGUUCCACAUAGAACCAAACAAGUUCUAUUUUGUUGUCAAGACCCUUCAGUCGCAGGGGUUAGUUGCUGGAAAACAAGCAAUUGUAAAGUCUAAUGGCAUUGGGGGUGAGAGCGAAGAUGAUUCAGGGAAAAGUCUUGUCGGCAGUACCAACUUACUGUAUCUCUCAAGAUACGCCAAAGGAUUGGAUAUGAACUCGCAUCAAAGAAUAGAGAUUACAAACACAGACGCUUUACAAGAAGAUGAGACCCUUGGUGUAGACCACAAGAGCCAUGUCUCUAUUCACGAUCAUCUUCCAGCAAUGAAAGCCAUAUGUGACAAACUUGAAGAAGCCAGCGGAAAGGUCCUUGCUAUUUCAGAUAUAAAAAAGGAUCUUGGUUACAGCAAGCCACGUGGGCACAGGGCAUGGAGAAAUGUACUGUGUAGGCUUUUAGAUGCACAGCUUGUUGAAAAAAUCAGUGCCAAAGUUGACAAUAAGGUUGUUGGCUGCUUGCGCCUUCUGAAGAAAUUUAAUCCAGAUGAGUUUAAGCCAAAAAGUACAGCCUUAAACUACAAACUUGGCAUGAAAUGCCUUGCAACGGAUCAACUUAUGGAGCUUCCAUUAGACAACUGCAUAUACGAUAUGAUCCAUGCCCAAGGGCCAAAAGGUGCAACUCUUGUUGAGCUUGGCAGACGUCUUGGGGGCAAGCACAGCAAUCCAAAAGAGCUUGGUAGAAGAGUGUCUUCAAUGGUUAAAAAAUUCAAUUUGGCUUCGCAGGGUGAAGUCAUAGAUAAAACAACACAAUACCGAUUUUGGACUUCAGAAAACUUCUCACUGCACAAAGCAAAUACUGCUUUGCAGAAUUGUGAUGCGCUAGAUGAUCAUGACCAUCGUCCCGAUUUGUGGCUUUCUAUUCCAUCUAAAGAAUCAGAUUCUCUUAGCCCACAGGGUGAUUCAUUUGUUGAUGACAAACUCUUGUUUGAAGAAGAUUGUUCUGAAAAACCAGUCGUACUUGUACAUCAUCUCCCUAAUAACCAUGAAGCUUCUGUCGGAGUUUCUCAAGUUGAACAAGUUGCCUUUCAGAGCAAGAGGCGUCGUUGGCCCUUGUCAACUUCUGAUGAUGGGAGACAGAAAAGGAUUCUUCACAUAUUAGAGAAAAAGGAUUUUGUACUGAUGGUGGAGUUACGUAAAUGGUUAGAGAAAAAGGAAAAUGGAAAAAUAAUGGACAGGAAGACAUUGAUUCGCACUUUGAAUAAGCUUCAGCUAAAGUGUAUCAAAGUUAAUGCCCCUCUUGUUACAGACUACACUGGCAGUCGUUCUGUUGAUGUGAUACUGAAUCCUUCUGUCAAGGUCAUGUCACCGGAACUCAUGGAUCAAAUUAGGAACAGACUAAGGAAUUUUGAUUCUCAAAGGCGUUCAAGUGCGGCAGCUAAAUUGAAGCAAAAGCAUACGCUUGCCAUACAUGGAUUGAAGGUUCAACGCAGAGCCAAAGUUAAAAAAAUACCAAUAUCAGAAGCUAUUCAUGCCAAUGGAUUCAUAGGUGCAAAGAUGAUUCGGGCAAAGCUGUUACAUAAAUUUCUGUGGGAAUAUGUUAGUGGUUUGCCAAAUCUUCAUUGUGCCAAAGAAGGGCAGCAUGACAAGAACCUUAAUCAAUCGUGUCAGUUUUCGAUCACAGCAGCUAUAAAAGAAAUGCCUCUUGAACUCUUUCUACAAGUUGUGGGAUCAGCAAAGAUUGACAGCAGCACUGUAACUAAGUGUUGUGGGAGAACACUUUCAGAGAUUCCUAUCGGCGUAUACAGUCAGCUCACGGGCACUCAUGCCAAGGGCCGCCUCUCACGCUUAAUAACUAUUUUAAAUAGGCUCAAGUUGAUUGAACUUGUUAGCAACCAUGUAGAGGAUUCUGAUGUGCGAUCAGGGGAUAUCCCUACAUAUUCGCUGGAGCUCAGGCCUUACAUUGAAGAACCAGCACCAAGCAUUGUUCAGUCAUCACACGUCAGUGUGAACCAUGGUCCAAAAUUUCGGCAUGAUUUUGUGCUUUCAAAGCAGGAAUCUGUCGAUGCUUACUGGGAAACAUUAAAGUACUGUUAUCUAACAGUUGGUUCAGCUGAGCCAAGUGCCUUCCCUGGUAAUUGUGUUCCUGAGGUUUGUCAUGUACGGUCAUGGAGUUCAGUAAGAGUAAUGACUACCAAACAACGUCUGGAAUUACAAACGCGUCUCAUGAAUGAAAACGAGAAGGGAAUAAUUCCUCACAAAGUUUGCUGUAUAAUUGCAAAGGAUUUGAAUCUCUCUGUGCAGCAGGUGCUUUAUGCUUCCUCCAAGAAUAGACAGCUUCAUGGACAGGCAAGCAUUUCUGAUACGCAACAUCAACAAAAAUCUAAUUCUAGAUCAACCUCUCAGAAAAGGAAAAGAUCGGCUAAUGAGAUUGCCAUGAAGUUUAUUAAGCAAAAAGUUGAAGCUAGUGGAUCAUCCUCACAGAGGUUAGUCAAGUCUAUUCUGGAUGGAGAAAUAACAGAGAAAAUCUCUCCAUCACUCACUGGCCUACCAGAACAACGUCAUCGAGCUGGCAUUACUCCCACACACAACAUUGUUGGUACUUUCUUGCAUACAAAUAAAGACAAGAGGGGCAGCAGACGCUUGGUAAAGAAAAUUUUCUUUUGGACAUCCGAAUCUGACAGAAAAUUGCUCAUGGCAUACAGUAGAUACCGCACAAGACGUGGAGCAAAAAUAUCCCGUGUAGCUUGGAACUCUAUUUCUGAUCUUCCAGCUCUACCAGCUGCAUGUCGUAAAAGGAUGUCAAGUUUAAGAGCUAAAACAAACAUAAGAACAGCUGUGAAUCGAAUCUGCAACAUUCUUGCAAUACGGUACAAGAGAUCAAAAGCAAAAGAAUUAUCAAAUUCUAGUUAUGAGAAUUCUGCAGAUUCAGAUUCUGAGGUAUUCAAUUGGGAUAAUUUCAAUGAUCCGGAAAUAAGAAAUGCACUUGAUGAAAUCCUUGAAUUCAUUCGUCUAGGAAACAUGGGCCAGACCAAUCGGAUUAGUCCAGAGAGCGAAAGGAGGAAUGAUGAUGCCGCUGAGGAAAUUCCAACUGAGCAGGUUAUGCAAUGUCCAACCAGCACAAGCACUGUAGCUCCAGAGAUCGUGGAAUUGUGUACAUGUUCCAAUUCAAUGCAUCCAAGUAAAAACAUGGCAAUUCCCUGCAGUGUUCAUGAAAACAACAUUAAACCCAACAAAGCUGAAAUUACUAAAAGAGGUGUAUGCAAAUCCUUGGCAAUUGCCAAUGCAUUAGAGCUCCUGAAGGUGUUUCUUCUCAGUUCAUUAUCGGCUUCAGAAGCACAAGCUGCAUUAAAAGCCACCUUUCAGCUUUAUUCAGAGAGUGAAAUUUUUACUGCCCUUUCCUUUCUGAGAGGGAAGAACUUCUUGGUUACUGGAAAUGGAAUGAAACCUGUAACCCUUUCUGGAAAAUUCUUCUUUGAUGCUUCUUAUUCACCCUUCCCAUAUGGUUCAGGGAAAAAGGCUUCUGAAUUUUUGAAAUGGCUUAUAGGGCAACGAAAGAAUAUUGUGGACAGUACAGUUUAUUUGCAUCCAGAUCCACAAUGCGGGGAAAUUGUUCACCUCUUUUCUCUUGUGUUGUCAGGAGAGCUACUCAUUUCACCUUCCUUACCAAGUGAAGGAGUUGGUGAGGCUGAUGAACCUAACAGCUUCAGUCCUUCAAUCGAGGAUAGCAGUGAUUUGGAUGACUGUACUUACAAACGCAAGAGUACAGAGUUGGAAAGCAGUAGGACUAAGAGACACAAACCUUUUCCCCAUAUAGAUAGCCGCCGAGAGAAAGGUUUCCCUGGUAUCCAAGUGGCUUUGAAUCAAGAGAUGAUCCAAACAAACAAUCCCAUGCAGGUGUUACAUCAUAAAGAAUGCCUUAUGUUUACUUUAGCUAGGGAAAUGGGCAGCAAGGAUGUUGAUUCAAAGGUAGAAAGCCGUGACAUGUUGCCAGACUUAAACGAUCUGAAUUCAUGUCGCUGUUUAUUGUCUGCAUUUCAUUUGGAGAAUUCUUAUAGAGGAUGGCCUUGGGAUGCUAUGAAAUUAUAUGCCGAACAGUUACCAUCAUUGUGUUGUAAUAAAAAUGAACCGAUCGUUCUUUCAUCUGACCUGUUCAGAAAUGCAUUUUGUAUUAUUCGUCAAACUGGUGAACAAGGAGUUAAUCUGAGGGAAAUGUCACAGGCACUGCAUCCACUAGGCAUGCAAUCUAUCAGUUUGGUUGUUGAUAUGCUUGAGAGAUUUCAGCUGGCCAUUAAGGUCAAUGCAUAUGAUGGUGUGCAGAUUGUUGACUCAUUACAUAAGCCAAAGUAUCAUAUAACCACACUCGCCGAGUACAGCCAUUGCAGCUGUUUGCGAGCUCCGGGUUCUGAAAUGGCAUCAACUGGAGACACCAGAAAUAUACUGAAAGAGAAGCACUCGACGAUGCCUCUUAAUUUGCAUGGAACUGUAAGGAAGCUUGGCGAGGGGCACACUGUCACAGUUGUUGAUGUUGAAAGGAAGUCAAGCUCUCAUUUGCAGAGUGGAAGUCCUGGAGAUGAUGAAAGGCCAUCUACUUGCUGUCAUGUUUGCAGAAGUCGUAUUUAUCAUCCAAUAUUACCGUGGAUAAACGGCGAUGGCAGCACGAAUAGCACUGUCUAUGAAGGUUUAAGCCGUCGUAUUAUUGGAUAUGUCAUGCAAUAUCCAGGAAUUUCGGAGGAGGACGUAAUCCGUCGGAUGGACGUACUGAAUCCUCAGACAUGCAGGACCUUGCUGGGGAAGCUGACAGUUGACAAACACCUGUAUGUUCAUGUUGGGGUGUUUGAUGAAGAUGUGCCUAGUGCUCCCACCAUGCUGCGGGGUCUUUUGAAGCAAGGUCGCUGUGAAGAACGCUCCAAGUCUGCAAGGCGGCGCUACUUCGCGAAUCCGAUGAGCACCUUCAUGCUGUAG